CAUCCCUACAACCGAGCUAAAGGUACAAACCGGCAUCAGGCAUAUGUAAUCGUAGCAGUCCAGAAUUCUCGAUGAUACAUACGCAACCCUCUUUAUCCACAGCCCCAUUCGUCGCAGCUCGUAUGACUGUAAAUUGACCUAGAGCAUUUUCCCAAUUCUAGUUCAUGCUGUUGCUCUACUUUUCAAGGAGAGCGACUGGAGCAAACAUAGCCUACAGGAUAUUGCCAAUGAGCAAGCGUUUAGCCCAAAUGGCGUCACAUAUGAGCAGCACAAGCGGCUUGCGUUCUACUUACACGCUGUACGAUUUGCCCAAGACGAAUGUUUUUACCUCAAACUUGCCCGCUGAUCCAGACGUCCCGACGCCGUCCAAAUCUCAUAAACUACCGCGCGACCAUGAAGACCUUUUCCCGAGAUUGGUCAAGGAUGCUCUAUAUACAUUUGUCCGUCCCGAGAAUACACAAUCGCCCGAAUUACUUGCAGUAAGUCCUGCUGCCAUGAAGGAUCUGGGCAUCAAAGAAGGCGAGGAAAAAUCAGACGAGUUUCUGCAGACGCUAGCAGGAAAUAGAAUAAUCACGCUUGAAGACGACGGGCCAGACGCGAACGUGCCAGAUGAUGCAAUAUAUCCCUGGGCACAAUGCUAUGGUGGCUACCAAUUUGGACAAUGGGCAGGUCAACUCGGCGAUGGAAGAGCUAUCAGCUUGUUCGAGACGGAAAAGAAGACCUGCAAAGCUCCUUGGCCGGAAAGGUACGAAUUGCAGUUGAAGGGUGCCGGAAGAACACCCUAUUCUCGAUUUGCGGACGGAAAGGCUGUACUUCGCUCCAGCUUGCGCGAGUUUGUGGUUAGCGAAUAUCUGAAUGCGAUUGGCAUACCUACUACACGUGCUUUGAGCCUAGUGCUAGCGCCCGAAGCAAAAGUUAUACGCGAAAGAAUAGAGCCUGGGGCUAUUGUCGCAAGAUUUGCAGAGACAUGGAUCAGGAUCGGAACGUUUGAUUUAUUACGGGCGCGAGGAAACAGGAAUCUCUUAAGAAAGUUGGCAGACUUCGUAGCGGAAAAGCUGUACGGCGGAUGGGAGAACUUACCGGCGAAAAUACGAUCGACAGAAGGAGAAAACAUUGAGGCAAGUAAGGAUACCAUGGCAGCCAAAGAUCAAACAAAUUCGACGCGUACUAUACCCACCACGGACUCGAAAGUUGUAGAUGGAGCACAAGCUCUUGAGACUAAGUCUGGUGUCUCCAAGGAUACCAUUGAAGGAGAAGGUAAAUUCGCGGAAAACCGAUAUACUCGACUAUACAGACAAAUUGUACGUAGGAAUGCGCGCACAGUGGCAUUGUGGCAAGCGUAUGGUUUUAUGAACGGUGUGCUCAAUACCGACAAUACAUCGAUCUAUGGUCUUAGCAUGGACUACGGCCCAUUCGCGUUUAUGGAUGUCUUUGAUCCAAAUUACACGCCGAAUCACGACGAUCACAUGUUAAGAUACGCAUACAAAAACCAGCCGACAAUUAUUUGGUGGAACUUAGUGCGACUUGGAGAAGCCUUUGGCGAACUUAUUGGCUCAGGACCCAUUGUCGAUGAUGAGACAUUCGUCGGAACAGGCGUGAAACAAGAAGAUGCUGAUGAGCUGAUUGAGCGUGCGGAAACACUUAUCGGUUCUGCAGGCGAGGAGUAUAAGGCUGUAUUCAUGGAGGUCUACAAGCAAUCAAUGACAGCACGCUUUGGCCUAAAAACUUUUAAGCAAUCGGAUUUUGAAGAACUGUACUCGGAGUGGUUAGAUAUUUUGGAGGCAUACGAACUUGACUACAACCAAAGCUUUAGAAGACUAAGCUCCAAGUUCUUCAGCUUACAGGAUCUGAUUAGCGAAGAAAAGAGAAGAGAGAAGGCUGCAAUCUUCUUUAGACAAGACCAAACUGUGUCUGACGAAGCGAGAACUAGAAUUGCAAAGUGGCUUGAUUCCUGGCGAGUCAGAAUAGCGGAAGAUUGGGGUGAUGCCGAUGAUAAGGUGAGGUGGAAUGCCAUGAAUGCUGCUAAUCCCAACUUUGUGCCGAAGGGCUGGAUUCUGGACGAAGUGAUCGAGCGCGUAGAACACCAAGGGGACAGAGAUGUUCUCCCAAACCUUAUGAAAAUGGCAUUAGACCCGUAUGCAGAGUCCUGGAGCUUCGAGAAGGGAAAUCUUAAGAAGGCUCAAGCCGACGCGGAGAGAUUUUGUGGUGAUGUACCGAAGUACAAGGAGAAGCCGCAGUGCAGUUGUAGCUCCUAGGUGCAUAAUCGAAUUGAAAUAGACCUAGGACAAAUUGGAUCUUAUUCCUCUCAA